AUGGUAGGCCGUAUUCCAUAUGUCAUAACUUAUGGUUACUAUUUUGCUACUGUACUAUUUGCAGUCACAACUUAACGAACAUACUCAUUCCAAAUUUCCAGUAUGGCAGCCAGUGAACAUAGUGACAGUGAGGACUCUUCAGUAUCCUCACGCAUUGUACUAUUCAAUCAGCAGGUUGAGGACCACCAGAACUGGCAGAAAAUCAAUCCAUUCACUCACUACAGUGUCAAGGACAUGCCAAAGCGCACCUUCCUCAAGGAGGAAUAUGGACGAGCUCCAUCGGGCAGUCGUUCGGAGCAAAGGGCUCUGCAGGCUCAGGUCCAGUCGUUGCAGGAAAUUUUGCAAUUAUGCGAAUUGAUCCAUCAGAAGGGUGAAAUGGCUCAAGAAUCAGAAUUGAUAAGUGUGCACUUUGGCCAACUUUUUGAGCUAUAUAAUAACAUAUCAGAUAAAUUAAUGGGCACAUUACUUGGUGCCCGCAAGCAUAAGUAUGUAGAUUUUCCGGGUGAGACUCUAUUCCAGGGACGGGAUGAUAGGGUCCUCAUAAGUUUGGAACGACCAUUCGACGAAUUGAAGGGUGAAAUACUUCUUAAAAUCGAGGAUAUACGUUGCAUAGCUACAGAAAAACCGAUUGAAAGACCUGCACUACGCAAUGCCCAGUUCUCGUGAACUAUUCAACUGUCAUCUGAUCGCUGACCCAUAUCAUUUACGCACGUGCCCACAAAAGAAAGACCGUCAGACCCUUUUUUAUACAGCUAAUUAAAUUAAAAUUUCGCAGGCAAAGAAACCUGCUUCUUGGCCAUGACUGAGUCAACCAGAGUGGAGAUCCCAUCACGUAUACGCCACGCAUACUUUACGAGUUAGUGUCAGAGUUCUAAGCUCCCAUGCGAGGCAUAUGCCACGCAGCUGCCUUCUACUCUACUCUUCUCAUAUCCCAGCAGAAAGUGUCUCCCUAUCAUGGCAAAUAAAUAAAUUACACCAGU